AUGGCUAGUCCAACUGUUGCCAACGCAUGUUCUGUGUCCGAACCCACAACGCUACGUCAAGAUGCUGAUAUCGAGUCGUCCACAAGCGCAGCUAGUACAAUUGACAUAGAACAUGUCCCAGUCAACGAUGACCCCCGUCAAUGGAGCCCUGCUAGAAAGACAACAACUCUGUGCAUUGUAUCAUUGGCUACAAUGGUGUCUGCAUUAGCUUCUAACAUCCAAAAUCCCUCGAACUCAGCGAUAGAAGCAGAUCUGCAUGCGACAAGCAGCCAGAUUAGCUGGACACUGGCAGCUUUCUUAAUUAUACAGGGGAACUUCCCUCUAAUAUGGAGCGCCGCAAGUGAAAUUAAAGGUCGUAAGCCUGUCUAUCUGGUAGCUUCGGCUUUGUUUGUGGUAGGAAGUGUCGCGUUGGCACUUUCAAAUACCAUCGAGGUGAUGAUCGGCAUGCGAGCACUUCAAGCUGCGGGGUCAUGCGCUGCCAUGGCUAUUUCGGCCGCGACCCUGGCUGAUAUCUACGACACUCACGAGCGAGGGAGCACGAUGGGUAUCUUCUUUGCUGCACCUCUCUUGGGACCCGCCUUGGGCCCUAUACUCGGCGGCUCGUUGUCACAAGCCUUGGGCUGGCGCGCUUGUUUUUACUUCCUGCUUGUCUGUUCAGCAGUCGUAUUCUUGUCCUUCCUCAUCCUGUUCAAGGAUACAUACCGACGUGAACGGAGUCUCACCUAUUGCUCCGCUUUACAGCGACUUCUUGCCUCCAAAGAACGCGUUCGGAGUCCAAACGAAUCUACCAUCGCCGGGAACGAGUCUAGCAAGGACCAAACACCCGUCAAAGAUGCCGAGAAGCAGCUCCAAUCGCCGGAUGUUCCAGAUAAUAUCUCAGCGGUAACUUCUACACCAGGGUUGGACGACGUCAAACUAUCAUUCAAGGACAUCAACCCCUUUCCACCAUACUUUCGAAUUCUGUCGCGCAAGAACAAUGUUUUAAUUCUUAUUGCUAAUGGGCUUAUCUUCGGAUUCAGCUACUCCCUAUCUUACACGUGUUCUCUCACUCUCGCCAAUAGAUAUAAUUACGAUGCGUUUAGCACCGGCUUAGUCUUGCUUUGCCUUGGCAUAGGAAGUAUCGCUGGGAGUGUGAUCGGCGGCCGUUGGUCCGACCGAGUGCUUGCGAAGAUGAUGGAAGCGAAUGGAGGCAAAUGCUAUGCAGAAAUGCGUUUAGAGAGCUCGAAAUUGGCAAUGCUGUGGGCACCUCUGUCUGUGAUAGGCUAUGCUUGGGCAUGCGAAAAGCAGGCCAAUGUCGCUGUCAUUUGCGUCAUGCUCGUGCUUAUUGGAUUCACCUCCAUAUGGAUGUAUACGUGUACAUUGGCAUACCUCGUUGAUGCGAACCCUGGUCGCUCGUGCUCAGCGGUUGCCGCAAACAGUUCGUUCCGAGGAUCUAUGGCCUUUGUUUCGAUCAUGGUUGCCGUACCGCUUCAAAAUGCUCUAGGAGAUGGGGGAUUGUAUUCGGCAUGGGCUGGAAUCCUGGUUGUGACGGAAUUACUGGUUAUAUUGGUACUGCGCAAGGGCGAAUCAUGGCGCAAGGAAAGUGAGGAGCAUGAAUUUACAUGCUAA